AUGAUGAUGAUGUCUCUGAACAGCAAGCAGGCUUUCAGCAUGCCUCACGGCGGCAGCCUGCAUGUUGAGCCCAAAUAUUCAGCUCUGCACUCCGCUUCUCCCUGUACCUCUUCCUCCGCGGCGCCCUCGUCCAGCUCUCCCAGCAAUACCAGUAGCGGGGGCGGCGGUGGAGGCAGCGGCGGCCGGAGUAGCAGCAGCGGCAGCAGCGGCGGAGGCGGCGGCGGCGGCAGCGGGGGCGGAGGAGGUUCCGAGGCGAUGAGGCGAGCGUGUCUUCCCACCCCACCGAGCAACAUCUUCGGUGGUCUGGAUGAGAGCUUGCUGGCCCGCGCGGAAGCUCUGGCGGCCGUGGAUAUCGUUUCGCAGACCAAAAGCCACCAUCACCACGCGCCCCAUCACAGCCCCUUCAAGCCAGACGCCACUUACCACACCAUGAACACCAUCCCAUGCACCUCCUCCGCGUCGUCGUCUUCCGUGCCGAUCUCGCACCCUUCUGCCCUGUCCGGCACCCACCACCACCACCACCAUCACCACCACCAUCACCACCAACCGCAUCAAGCGCUGGAGGGAGAGCUUUUGGAUCACAUCACGCCGGGGCUGGCUCUGGGGGCCAUGACGGGACCCGACGGAUCAGUGGUGUCCACGCCGGCCCACGCCCCACACAUGGCCACCAUGAAUCCUAUGCACCAGGCGGCUCUCAGCAUGGCCCACGCACACGGGCUUCCUUCGCACAUGGGCUGCAUGAGCGACGUGGACGCAGACCCGCGGGACUUGGAAGCGUUCGCCGAGCGCUUCAAGCAGCGACGCAUCAAGCUGGGGGUGACCCAAGCGGACGUGGGCUCUGCGCUGGCCAACCUCAAGAUCCCCGGAGUGGGCUCGCUGAGCCAGAGCACCAUCUGUAGGUUUGAGUCCCUCACCCUAUCCCACAACAACAUGAUCGCUCUCAAGCCCAUCCUCCAGGCUUGGCUGGAAGAGGCAGAGAAGUCCCAUCGAGAAAAGCUCACCAAACCCGAGCUAUUCAAUGGGGCUGAGAAGAAGAGGAAGCGCACGUCCAUAGCUGCUCCUGAGAAGCGUUCCCUCGAAGCCUAUUUCGCCAUUCAGCCUCGCCCUUCCUCUGAGAAAAUUGCCGCCAUUGCAGAGAAACUCGACCUUAAGAAAAAUGUGGUGCGGGUCUGGUUCUGCAACCAGAGGCAGAAACAAAAAAGGAUGAAAUAUUCGGCUGGGAUUUGA